AUGCCGAAGCUGCCAGCUUACAUCAGCCGAGCCUUGUUUGUGUCUCCAGGCAGCGAAGUGAGGAGCUAUGAGGCUCCUGAAGAUAAGCAGGACGUGUUUGCAAGUAGAGCCUGUCCUGCUUUUCUGACCUUCACCAACGCUGCCUACCUGGCUGGAGUCACUGUGGAGCUGCCCUGCCACUGCAAACCAGAAGAGGUCCAAUCCGUCGUGUGGUUCUUUAGGAAACAUCUGGGCAGCUCCACAGAGACCAGAGCUCUGACUGAUCACCAUGGCAACAAGCUGCUGGACACCAGUCAGAUCCCACACAGCGCCAACCUACAGAGUCGAUUCUCCAUCCGUCUCUUCAGUCUGUUGAUCUUCAGGGCAGCUACCGGCGACUCCGGCAUCUACAUCUGUGGCUCUGCCCGUAAAGACUUCUUCUAUGGAUAUGACCUGGACAUCCAGGAGGCACGCAUGCUCAGCUUCACUCCGAGCAAGAAACUGAAAGAGAGAAGAGGACCCAGCUCCACUCAGCCGCUGUAUCAGGUCUUCACCAGCUUCCAGCCCUGGUCGGUGUGCGACCGCUGUGGGGUACCAGGGGAACAGGUUCGCGUGGGACUCUGCCACGUCCACUCCCACUUCCUCCAUGUGCGCUACAGACGGGCCAAUCAGACAGUCGCUUCAUGUGGCUCGGGGGCGGUGCCCAGGGCUUUCGGUUUUCUGAAGCAGAACAGAGUUGGGGCCAGUUUGGAUGUCAAAAGCUGUCAGGUGACCUGCCCAGCUCAAGCUCCUCCCUCCUCCAAACUCCUUGCUCUGAUGGCAUUUCUCGGGUACAGUUCUGCCUCACUGCCGGUGGAGGUACCAGUGUUCUACCUGAACCACCCGGCACACCGUGUCCUGACCCUUGGUUGUCCCGGGGCGCGACCUAAUAUGGCCGUGGCCUGGGACCGAGGAUCCGAACCCAUUUACCGAUCUGAGCACUCGGCAGGUAGUAACAUCAGCAGCACGUCCCGCAGGCUGCUGAUCGACACCGGACACCACCUGGUGUUUAAACCUGCAGAAAGUCAGGAUUCAGGUGUGUAUUACUGCUGGCUGCAGGGUCGCCGCACUGCUGAGAUACGUCUACUAGUCUACGUCCAUUUGGGGCGGGGCCAGUCAGUGACAUCACAUCCUGACUUCCCGACAGUUGUCAGGAUGGUGUUAAAAUCGUAUGCUGCCAUGACGGCUGUGUUUUGCCUGCUGCUGUUUGGCAGAGCUGGAGUCAGACACUUCAGAGACACUGCAGAAACACAUGUGGAUUAA